AUGAAAGCACAAUCGAAAAUCGAGAUCAACAACCUGAUCCAUCAUGAGAGAGUUGCAAAUAAUAACAACAAGAACAAGAUACCACCAACUGUGAUUCGUGUCUCCGACCUUGAGCCCCUGAGAUUAGCGAAGAAGAAGCACUAUGCCUUGCCUGGGGAGAGUAGAAUCGUUGGCAAGAAGAAAGCCAGUAGAUCGAAGACACAAGGACGCCCCUUCAACGAUAGCCUCAACGCACGCUUCCUCUUCUUCAACACGAUAGACGAUCUGAUUGCUGAUGUGAUGAAUUACAAAGUCAGUUACAUCACACAUGUAACGAACAUGGGGUCCUUUAAACAUGAUGGGAUAAUGGUGACGAAUUCACAGCAGCUGAAAGUCAAGAUGCCCCAGUGUCCUUCGUACGAGAUAAAACCCAUUGAAUUCGAAAAAGAUUCAAGGCUGGCCACCGACAGCAUCCACGAUGACCUGUGUGGUUUCUUCAACACAAGAAACAUGAGCUUUGUUAAGAUUAUCCGCAACAACAAGGGCCAGCUCGUCAAAUUCGAGAUAUUGUCACAGGUCAGAAAGGAAGCACUCACGGUCAACUAUAUCAAGAAAUUCAUCACAUACCCACGGUACAAGUCAAAAAUGAAAAUUUACCUCAUGAACGGAUCCUUUGACAGUGACAUCUGGUUCUACAACGACUUCAGAAUGCUUCUUUGGGACCUGGAGAAUGUUGACAUCACUGGGAAGAAGCUGUUGGUGAAUAAUACAGCGUUGAAGAGAUAG